UUAAGAACUAGUAGAGCAAUACAAUCUGACUGACGAGCAACUCAACAGUGAAAUAGAGGUUCCUGAUACUCCUGAAUUGGCCUUAUUUUUUGAUGAUGUGGAAAUGUAUUCAACUGCAAUGGGGCUAGCUAUUGCUGAACAAGCCGAUGUGAACCAAUCACGUGGAACUCAAACAGCCAUGAUGAAGUGCUUGCAAAUCUGGAAACAGCAUAAUCCUUUUCAAUCAACUUACAGAGCUCUACUGGAUAUCGCAUUGAGAUUGAGGAAAGGAGACACAGCUCAUCAAAUCUGUCAGCAAUUGACCCAACGAGGUGUGAGAGGUGUGGUCACUGGCUCGGACUGUAUACAGGUUGAGGCUGGCGUUGCACGGAAGGUUCCGACUGUAGCCAGGACUUUGGUGAACAUUGAUGAAGCCACUGAAGUACUGAGGAGAACAGUUGGUGAGAUGACCACCUCACAGCUUGGCUCUACUGUGGAGACUGUACUGUCACUAAUGGAGAAAAUGACAACUGCACUUCAGUCAUCUUCUCUGAGUGAGCUGACAGGCCACACUGACUCCAUACGGACAAAUGUUAUGUCCAUUCGUCGACUGGCCGGGAAGAUUGUCAAGGAGUGCAACAUUGGAGCCAGUCUCUCUAAGAUGGAGACUUUAUUUCGUCAGCUUGGACAGUUGGCCGAGGAUAAACUCGGAGACUGUCAAGGCCUGGCAGAGAGUGUUCAAACAUUGCCAAGAACAAUUAAUAGUGAACUUACAUAGUACAUGUGUAGCGUAUUAUUUGUUUUGUGAUGACCUGUAUUUUUAUCAGUUUGAAUGCACGUAUAAUUAUAUUGUUUGGAUGAUAAUUAUAAUUUGACAAUG